GAGGGUGAGUAAGUGUAAGAAAUAUGUUUAAGCAAGGCUCAAGUUCAGCUCUGUUAGCAUGGUUCUUAUGUAAUAUGGGAAAUUAACGCUCCGACACACAGACUCUCAGGAAUGGUUGGACAUUUCUUGGAAUAAAUGGCAUGCUUCUGCUGGACCGCGCGGUUCUGCAAGAAGUAAAGCUCUUGGAUGAAAACUACAGCCUCACGCACUCGCAUACUGUAGGGUGAUGAAAUGACUCAAUGCUAUUCAUCAGCACUAGUUGUUUUGUCAACUGAUCAACAAAGUAGAAUUACAGUUGUGGAGAACUGAACGAAGGUCCUCAGAAUACGCUGGGAUUAUUGCACCUGAUUUACAAAAAAACAUUAGAGCAAACACAACAAAGGGGAACUGCUUUUACAGUGAGAGUCAUGCACUGACAGAGGUAUGGAGACCAUUUCAGGAGAGGCAGGUUGGGAUGGAUCAGUCCAUGCAACUGCUGGAUGGACCAACUUCACCUUCUAUUCAUUGUCAGAGCAUCCUGGACUCAACAGCACUUUCAGAGGUGGAUCGUACUUCUGGUUGCUAUCUCAAAACAGCUCCAUCAACCCAACUCAUUCCCCUGCUCUCCCCAGAGUGCGGGACGUUGCUCUAGCUCGAGCAGAGAUUGCAGUUCUGGGUUUCGUUUUCGCUCUCACGACACUAGGAAACAGCUUUGUACUGUGGGUUCUGCUGAGGAGACGUAAAUACAAUGCACCCAUGCACCUUUUUAUGGUCAAUCUGUGUCUUGCAGACCUCGUGGUGGCAUUUUUUCAGGUGCUCCCUCAGCUUUUAUGGGAUAUCACAGAGAGAUUUCAGGGUCCUGAUGUGCUGUGUCGCUCAGUGAAAUAUCUGCAGAUUGUGGGAAUGUUUGCAUCCUCUUUUAUGAUUGUUGCGAUGACAGUGGACCGCCAUAAUGCCAUCUGCUGCCCCCUGCAGGCUUACAGAGGAGGGGCUGUUUCGUGCUGGAACACACCUAUUCUGGUGGCUUGGGGGAUGGCCUUUGUUCUCAGUGUGCCACAGCUAUUUAUCUUCUCAAGGUCAGAGGUCGCGCCAGGUGUGUUUGAAUGCUGGGGGCAUUUCGCUGAGUCCUGGGGUGUGAAGGCUUAUGUCACCUGGAUGACUGUAGCUGUGUUUGUGCUUCCUACCUUCAUUAUCACCAUCUGCCAGGUACGGAUAUUCAAAGAAAUCCAUGACAACAUCUACCUGAAAUCAGAGCGUGUGGUUUCUGCUGAUAUGAAGAAGAACAUGGUUCUCUUUCACCUUCCCAUCCUCAAGAAGCAGACCAGCACGGUCAGAACGCAUGUCAGCAAUGGUGGAGAAACAAGAGAUGAUCUUCAUAAAGCGAACAACAACAAGGGCUCCUCUCAUUCUAACGCAUACAGCUCUAAGGAUUCACCAGAGCCACACUGCUGUGAAAAAUCUUGCAAGGACAGCUACAGGUCCAGUGAUGUGACUUCACAGGCUCACAGUUAUAGUUCCAAUCACAGCAGGGUUCCAUCAUCUGAACAUCACUGUGAUUGCUGUCAGACCUCGCAUGAUCACUCUGUUCUCCAGAGGAACUCUUACAACAACACCACAGAGGAUUUUAAUAAUUCUUCCAAGUCCUCUUUACCACCUUGCCGCCUCCCUCCUCCUCCUUCAGGCGUGUCUAAAGCCAUGUCAAAAACAGUGAGGAUGACUCUGGUCAUUGUGCUGGUCUAUACCAUGUGCUGGUCCCCCUUCUUUAUUGUACAGCUCUGGGCAGCCUGGGACCCCAACCCACCCUCCCAAGGCGUGGCAUUCACAAUCCUCAUGUUACUUGCUAGUCUGAACUCCUGCACUAACCCGUGGAUCUACACAGCCUUCUCCAGCAGCGUGUCUCGUGAACUUCUAGCACUGCUGCGCUGUCGGCCAAAGCCCCGCAGGAGCUCUCUCCACGACCACUCUAGUGACAUCCACACCUCCACAACCAAGGACAACCAGUUCUGACCCCUACACAAAUAACCAAGCCCUGCGCCUCCUGAAACGCAAUUGGAGAUUUAUAGCUGCAGGUGAAUCUGCCCCACGCUGUGAGAUAUAAAAGAUUUAAUGACAUCUGCUAGACGUGGAGGAUUCACAUGAUCUAUUCAGAGCUGCAUAAGAAACAUAUAUACAUGUGAGAAUAAUGACAAGGCAGGACCAAAGUAUCACAUGACAAUGAAUUCAUGAGAAUUUUAUGCAAAAUAGGCCACCGACUAGCUGGACCAUUGAAUACAUGACCGUUCCUUGUUUCAAUAACCAGGAAAAAGAAGAGCUUUUGAAGAUGAAUGAAAUGAUUUAUUUGCAAUGCGUUUUAUCAAUUCUCCAUUAUUGUGGAUGGGAGAUGAAAACAGAAGUCUUAACUCUGGAGGAGGGACGGAUCAAGGCUUUAACCCCAGAGCCGGUUGAUUCAUUCAGUUCUUCUGUCAUAAGUCUUCUUUGGAUUCAGCGCUUUCAUGGCAAGGACUGCGGAAGAGUUAUGUGAUGUACGCGUGGAAACUGUGUCCUGGGGACAGUUCUGAACGCAGGCCAAAAUAAAUGAAUAAUCAAAACAAGAAGCGUCGUAAAAAUGAUGGAAAUGAUAAAAAUCAGAUGAGCACAAGAGAAUAUAAAGAUGCUUGUUUCAAAAAUCCAAGACUUAAAAGUCAAUGUAAUAGUUUCCAUAUUGGACUAAACAAAGCACAAGUCCACAAACCCAACACAAGUUGUUAUACAGUGACUGAUUUGUAUUUUUAAUAUGACAGUUAUUGAAUAAUAAGGAAGCUGUGGGAAAAUAAUGAUCUUUUAUCUACUGAAUCACCAGCAAUUCGCAAAAAAAUCUGCACCAAGUGUUAUUUAUAGAGCACUUACAAAUCACAUUCAUAGAUGUUGUAAAGAUAGCAUAAUGGGAAGUCAUAAAAAUAUAGGAAGAUGGCAAAAAGGAAAUGAACUAAAAUAAUAUCAGGUUAUGUAGAGUUCAUUGAAUGCCAGUGAUACAGUAAGUAAACAGCUCUUCUCUUCUGACAGUACAGUAUGUAGAAGGGUCACACUUUAAAAUGCUAUAAAACGUCAGACAUAAUGUGAGUAAAAUAUAUAGAUAUUGAUGUAGAGAUUUUGUUACUUUGUAAAUAGUUCUUGUAAAAUUUUGUAUCUUUGAAGGUUCAAUUGAAAUGAAGCUAUAUAAUUGUUCUCACAUCAAAGGUACAGUUGUUACAUUUUCAAAAGAUUCACAAAAUAGUACAAUACAAAAACAAUACAAAAUAGUAAGUUAUGAAAACACUAAAUCCAUAUUAAAGGGAUAGUUAGCCCAAAAAUGAAAAUCUUUCGUAAUGUAUCUACCCUUAUGUCAAUCCAAACCUACUUGAUUUUCUUUCUUCUGCAGAACACAAAAGAUUAUGUUGAAGAACAUUGGUAAUCAAACAACAUUGGCCACCAUUGACUUCCUUAGUAUGGAUACAAAACUACUAAAAUAUCUCUCAAAAUAUCUUCAUAUUGAACAACGUGAGGGUGAAUUAUUCCUUUAACAUUAAGUAGGCUACACAUUCAAAUUGACUUACAAAUGGUUUAAAGGAUCAGAAUCAUACUGUAUACUUUAUACUGUAUAUUAUAUAUUUAUUAUGGUAACAUGCAUGUUACAGUACAGUAGUAUUGUAUUAUUGUCAAUUAUUUUUUUUGUACAGCAAUCACCUCAUGUACAUGUGUCCCAAU